GGUCUUGGAGCCUGGUUCUUUAUGCGUCUUCAUGGGACUGAACCAGUCGGUCUUGUUCAAUUCGGAAUCUAAGGUUAGCGUGUUUAGUGUAGUUUUAUCAUGACAGCUCUGAGUUUGACAGCGGAAUGAGGAGACAAAUUUGUGGUUUUUCACAACACAGCAGGCUUUACCCCCUACCAAAAAUGACGGAUGACAUCACGCCAACUUCGAGAAUGAUCACCUGGAGAUCCUGAUCAGAAAUAUUAAAGAUGUCGGGCGGGAAGCUGUUUGGAAAGGUUCGGUCCGCUUUCAGAAGGGAGCGGACCGACUGGGACCUGAGCGACACCGCCCCCUUCGACUUAUCGUCAGAGCUGGAUGACGAUGACACCCCGAGGUUCAACCGGCUGCAGGUGGUGGUCUCCGGGGAGAUGUCGGACUACUCGGCUGGGGCUCCAUCCAACGGAGCGCCGGUCAACACGGUGCUGGUAUCUGCUGAGGAGGAGGACGAUGACUCCUUGUUGGACCCAUCCAUCGGUGUACCCGGGACCAACAUGGACCCCUGUGAGUCCUGCAGCCGGAGGAGGGAGCGGGUCCGGCACCGCCGGGUGAUGAAGAGGCUGGUCCUCGCAGCUCUGCUCUACUUCUUGUUCAUGAUAGGAGAGAUCAUAGGUGGUUACGUGUCCAACAGUUUAGCCAUCAUGACGGAUGCUGUUCACAUGUUAACAGACGUGGUGGGGAUCUUGUUUUCUCUGCUCGCCCUCUGGCUCUCCACUAAACCUCCAACCAAAAGGUUCACCUUCGGCCUGCAUCGCCUCGAAGUGGUGUCGGCCGUCCUCAGCGUGCUGCUCAUCUACAUCCUGACGGCCAUCUUGCUGUACGAGGCGGUCCAGAGGACCGUCCACCAGGACUUUGACAUCGAUGGAGACAUCAUGCUCAUCACUGCGGCCGUGGGCGUAGCCGUCAACCUCAUAAUGGGUUUCUUAUUAAACCAAGGUGGUCACCUCCACUCACACGGACACGGUCACUCCCACGGCACUGCGGCGCCUGCAGGUUCUGCUGGGUCGGGUCAUCAGGGGCCGCACGGCAGCCUGGCUGUGAGAGCAGCCUUCAUCCACGCUUUAGGAGAUCUUCUUCAGAGCGUCGGGGUGCUCAUAGCUGCUUACAUCGUCCGCUUCAAGCCGGAGCUGAAGUUGGCAGAUCCCAUCUGCACCUACAUCUUCUCUGUUCUGGUUCUGUUCACUACAGUCCGCAUCAUAAGAGACACUACAGUCAUCGUGCUGGAAGGUGUUCCCAGACACCUGGACGUCCAGCGGAUCAAAGAGGACCUCCUGAAGCUGGAGGACGUCCGGUCAGUGGACGAGCUGAACGUGUGGGCGCUGACGGCUGAUAAGACGGCAGCGCUGGUGCAUCUGCAGCUUGCGCCCUCUGCUGCUCAGAACUGGGAGGACGUCCAGGCCAAGGCCCGCCACCUGCUGCUGCACACAUAUGGCCUGACCCGCUGCACAGUGCAGGUCCAGACCCACAGACUGAGGCUGCUGCGGAGCUGUGUACACUGCCAGCAGCCCAGCGCCUGAACGACCCGUCCCGCAGUGUGGAAACCCAGCGGGCCGAGCACAGUUCUAAUUAAACAGAGUCCGACUGCUAAAGCUUCAGGAACUCUUUAUCUUUACCAGAACCAGAUGUGAUUCAGUGAGCAGAAGACCUCUGAUUCAUCACAUGGAGGAGCUCGUGUUUUGGACUUGGUUCUGACCCCUCAGCUGCUGUAAGGAGGAAACAGACCAUCUCAGCAGAUGGUUCUUGCCGAAGCUGUGGACAUGUUGGAGUCCUUUUGAAAGCUCCUCGCUGCAGAGUCAUGAAGACCAGCCCGAAGAACCAGACCCACAGUUCCCUCCUAUCCAAGGUCGGUUUGUGCUUCAACUAAAACCAGGUGACCAACGUCAGGUAGGACUGAGGUACCAUGGCCCGGCUGUGUCCCUGACUAUUCAUCCGACUGAGAUUUAAACGUCUUCUCCAGCUUCUACGUCGGAUCGGUCCGUACUCUGCAGCCGGCCCGACGUGGGUCGGUCACGUUUUCUGUCUGAUGUCAGACUUUUCAACGAGGAGCUUUAAACU